AUGGCCGCCAUCUGGGGUAAUGGCGGGCAGGCGGGUCAAUUUCCUCUGGAGCAAUGGUUCUAUGAAAUGCCUCCUGUCACCCGGUGGUGGACAGCCGCCACCGUGGUCACUUCGGUCUUGGUCCAAUGCCACGUUCUGACCCCGUUCCAGCUGUUCUAUAGCUUCCGAGCUGUCUAUGUGAAGUCCCAGUAUUGGCGUCUGUUCACAACUUUCCUAUACUUCGGGCCGCUCAACCUCGACCUACUAUUCCAUGUCUUUUUCUUGCAGCGAUACUCGCGCCUCCUCGAGGAGUCGUCGGGUCGCUCGCCCGCCCACUUCUCGUGGCUUCUGUUCUACGCCAUGGCCUCCCUGCUCGCCCUUUCGCCCUUCCUCUCCCUCCCGUUCCUGGGCACGGCCCUCUCCUCCAGCCUGGUCUACAUCUGGAGUCGGCGCAACCCGGAAACUCGCCUCAGCUUCCUGGGGAUGCUGGUUUUCACCGCCCCCUACCUCCCCUGGGUCCUGAUGGCCUUCAGCCUGGUCGUGCAUGGGAUCGUGCCGAAGGACGAGAUCUGUGGAGUCGUCGUUGGUCACAUCUGGUACUUCUUCAACGACGUUUAUCCCUCUCUGCACGGUGACCACCGCCCUCUCGACCCCCCCAUGUGGUGGGUGCGCCUGUUUGAGCCGAGAACUGGGGAGGUACGAGGCACGGGUGCCAACGUCAACGGGGAAUUUGCCGCCGCCGCCGCACCUGAAGUCCGAUGA